AUGCAACGCGCCAAUAUGCGACCAUCUAUGCUGCCAAAAUUGAUCGUCGCGCAAACGCCUACAGCCGCAACGAUCGGCGAAAUGGCCGACUCGCCCUACUCAAUGCACUCUCGCAACUCAUCAGGCACAUCCGACAACUACUCACCUCUAACACAAACCUUCUCGUUUCAUGAACACACGCGCCAUGCAAGCUCCAGCUCCUCGUCGGUGGCAUCGACUCCUCCAAAGUACGAACCUAGUAUCGAAUCACUCAACAACCGCAUCUCAAGGACAACUCUCCAUGAUCUUGUCGAAGAUCCUCAUGAGAGAGAGGAUGAUUUCGAUCUCCGUGACAGUGCAUUCGAGUUCAAUUGCCAAUGUGCACUUGAGAAACCCCACUCUAACCAUGAUAUCUAUCAUCUGAGCGAAGCCGAAAUGGAUCCUCGUCUCUGUCAAUCUGCAUCUGCUUUGGAAAGGCCCAGUCUGGACUACUCUCUUGCUGAUGGACCGAGCGACUUCAACAGCGACAACGAAAUUGCUCUGAACGUGCCCAAGUCUAGGUCGAGGGCAAAUUCUGGCGAAUCGACCGUUACUGGUUUGGCUUCUCGUGUUGGCAGCCGUUUGUCAUCUUUCUCAAAACGCCGUGACAGAACACCCACCUCUCCUCCGACCGUGGCUGUUCAUCGACUUAGCACUAAGAGCGCCCCUGUCUCCCGUGUGCCGUCACGUGCCCCGUCUUUCCGCAUGUCUUCUGUAGCAAAGCCUGUCGUGACGCCUAUCGAUGUUGAGGCCGAGUCGACGCCGACACCCAGCCCAGCUAACGUCGCUGUCGAACCUUCUAAUCCUCUUGAUAUCAAGAUACCUCACACAGAUGAGCCAAUCGACCGCAAGGCCCUGGCAUCCACUCCUCUUCUUCCCAAGACAAUUCAGGAUCCAGAACAAAUUGAUGAGGAUGUCAUCCAAUCACCAUUGCAGUCCCCCACUGUCGCCGAUAACGCUCAAAUAAGUCGUCUGUCGAUGAUCGGCCCAUCACUGUCCAGUCCAGUCUUACCUGAGAUGUCGAUGGUGUCACCUGCUCUUUCGGCGCAUACUUCUACUGCCUCUCUCGGCGUCAUGCAAGCUAGCCAAGUCAUGUCCUCACCCGACAUCUCGUCAAUGCACAUUGUCAGCCCUCAAGACAAGUGGGCAAACAAGCUCGGACAUGCCAACUUCAACGUUUUCCCGGAACCGUAUCUGCCAGAAACUUAUAACAUUCACGCAUGCAGAAAACUUCUCGAGGACUGGGAGUCGGCUCGCAGACAAUUCAUGCAUCAAGCAGCACGCACCAGUGAACAUUACGGUCCGACCUCGCAAGUUUAUAAGUACACAGAGAAGAAGUGGGCAGAGAUUGAUGCGGAAUGGAAGAGAAACCAUGAGUUGGUUGUCGCCAAAACAGCUGCGAAUGGCGAGACGCCUGUGUUCCAGCCUUUGGCAGAGCCAGCCCCUCUCACCGAUCUUCCUGCUCUGGAUGACCCACUGAAAUUCCCUAAACUUGACGGGUCCGACAUUGUCGGGCCCAUGGUCAAGUACGCAAAGAUCAAGCAAAAGUCGUCUUCAAAGAAAUCGGCUUUCCUUAAAUUCUUCAACAAUGUGCGAACACCAGCCAACACACUAGGCCGCACCUCGACCGGCCUUGGUCUGUGA